AUUCCCUACUGCCGCCCCCUCUCUUUAUUUCUCACCUCGCCCCAUCCACCCCAUCCCAAGCCACCCAUCCCCGUACUCAAGCUGCCUAUACAUACAGUAAUAUAUAUGUACACACACAUAUAUAUAAGCAAUAAGCCAGAUUACUGGUGGUGCAUUAUUUGUUUGGUUGUGUAAAGUACAAAACGAAAAUGCACCGCCACCAACCCCACCCAGCCACUCCCAUCACCGACGCCGACGCUGCUUUCCUAAUAAAGCGUGGCAAGAAGCGGGGAAAUUACUCUUGUGGCAAAUGUGGGUUGCCCAAAAAGGGGCAUAAUUGUCGGUUUACUGAAAACGAUAAAGACUUCAGCCCCGCUUCCACACCCGCCGCCGCCGCCUCCUCCACCACCGUUACCGACUCGGCGCCUGUGGAGGAGUCAGUAGCUUUGAUGUCACCUCGAUCGGUAGUUCGUCCUCCUCCUCCUACGAGGCUCCGGCGAGCUCUAUCGUUUGAGGAUAUUAGUGUUGAUGACUCUGUGGUGGAGGAUGUCAGGAACAAAAUUGAACCGGAAAUGGAGUUGAGUGUUGAUGUUUCAGGGUCGGGGAUGUUACCCGGGAGUUGUUUGUGGGAGGUGCUAAGGAGGCUGCCGCCGGCUGGAUUAUUGUCGGCGGCGAGAGUUUGUAAAGGGUGGUGUGAUAUUACUAGGAGGUUUUGGCGAGCGGCUGAGGAGAUCCGGCUUAGGGUUCCGUCCAGUGCUCAGAUUGGGUUUUUUGGAUCCAUGUUGCAGAAGUGUCCUGGACUUGUAAGACUGUCUCUUAAGAUGGAGAGUGAUGUGGAUGCAACGAUCCUGGCCUGCAUUGCUUUCUCCUGUCCUAAUCUGCAGUCGUUGGAGAUUUUUAUGUCCGGUAACUCUUCCAAUCGGAUCACUGGGUAUUAACUUUAAACUUUCCAACUGUGAUAAAUACUUUUGUUUAUGUUUUAACCUGACAUGUCCAUUAGCUAUAGAUUUUUUGUUAUGAAAUUCAGAAACAUCUCAC